AUCUAAUCUCCUCGUAGUGAGAACAACGCCGCCCCCAAAGCCUUGAUCGCUGGCCAGACGAAGACCAUGUCGACGAUCGCUCACUCGCUGCGCGACUACCGCGAGCCGACACGGACGCAAGCGGUGAUCCACUCCUUUGGGCUACCUUCGACGGAGGAGCCGCAGGACGACAUUCCCGCCGUGCUCUCGCUGUCCAACCCCGUGCCAGCCAAUGCGGGCGCUGCCGAGGCGGUCGACAGCGCCGAGCAAGAAGACCAGGUCUAUGCGGGACGACUGAUCCUGACGAACGCAUUCCUCUGCUUCAGCAGCUUGGACAGGAGAAGCUGCCGGUUGACGCUGCCCCUGUACUGCGUCAGGAGAGUCGAAAGGCUCAAUGCACAGAGGACCGGCGUCUUUGCCUUGGCCGUCGUUGUCUGGCAUGGCAUGAAGGUCAUCAUUCAGCUCAACGCGCUUCGACCGCAGUGCGAGACAUUCUGCGCCCAGCUUAGGGACAAUCUCCGCGCCCAGCUCGGCAGCAUGAAGACGCUCAAGAGCUUCGUGGCCGGCUGUUACAGCGAGGUGGCUCUGCAAGAGCUGGCAAGUGAAAAGGGCAAGGAGAAGACUGCGGCUGUAGAGGACGCCGGCAACACGGAGGAGAAGGCGGGCGAGGGCGCAGAGGCUGUCACCCCAACUCCUCCGCCGCCAUACCAUGCAGGGCUGGGGGCACGCUUCAAGUUUCCAGGCGAUCCGAGAAAAUUGCGAGAGAAGUCAAAGAUGAAGCUUUGGAGAGACUACCUUCGAAUUCAUGGCCGCAACCUCACGCUCGUGAGAUAUCCUCAAUUCCUCCGGCUCGUCCAAGUUGGGCUGCCCAACCGGCUUCGCGGCGAGAUCUGGGAGUUGACGUCGGGCAGCAUCUACAUGCGUUUCGCGCACCAAGGCGAGUACGAGGCGCUCCUCAAGUCCAACGAGGGAAAGACGAGCACAUCGACAGAAGAAAUCGAGAAGGAUUUGAAUCGGUCACUGCCGGAAUACGCCGGCUACCAAGACCCGCAGGGCAUCGAGACACUGAGAAGGGUCUUGACCGCCUACAGCUGGAAAAAUCCCGAGCUGGGCUACUGCCAGGCCAUGAAUAUCGUCGUGGCGGCUAUCCUCAUCUACACGUCGGAGGAGCAAUGCUUUUGGCUCCUCGACAUGCUCUGUGAUCGUCUGCUGCCAGGGUACUAUACGCAAUCCAUGUCAGGCACCAUUCUCGACCAGAAAGUCUUCGAGCAUCUGGUUCAGAGGUCGCUGCCGAUGAUCCACGACCAUUUCGUGCAGACCGACAUUCAGCUCUCGGUCGCCUCGUUGCCCUGGUUCCUGUCGCUCUACAUCAACUCAAUGCCCAUGGUCUUCGCUUUCCGGAUCGUCGACUGCUUCAUGGCCAUGGGCCCCAAGGUCCUCUUCCAGGUCGGACUCGCCAUCCUCAAGAUCAAUGGCGAGGAGCUUCUUUCCGGCCGCAUCACCGACGAUGGCGCAUUCAUCAAUAUGAUCAAGAACUACUUCAGGACACUGGGCGACUCUGCCCACCCUGAGAGCAAGAACCCCAGGCACCGACAGAUUACAAAUUUCCAGGAGCUUCUCGUUGUCGCUUUCCGAGAGUUUGGCGUCGUCACUGACGAGACGAUCGCGAGCGAGAGGAGGAGAUUCAGGCAGGAGAUUGUCGAGGAGAUUGAGCUCUUUGCAAAGAGGAGCGCCGUCAGGAAUCUCAAGGACCUCGGGCGCUUCUCAAAGGAGCAAGCAGGCCUCAUUUAUGAUCAGAUGGUGGAGGCCAUCUAUCGGACCCGGCACGCGCCUGCCAUUGCCUCGGACGAGAGCGGCAAGGCUACGACGCCGACAACGACGCAAGAUUACAAGGAGAUGCGCAUCGAUCUGCCGACAUUUCGCUACUUUCUUGCCGAGGUGGCUACUUGGGCGCGCGACGAAUUCGUCAUCUCGAACGGCUUCCAGGAGAGGAUUGAGCGCAAGAUCCCCGACUCGAGGACGAACAACAAUGACGACAUUAUUCCCAGGUUGUUCCAGCGGUGGGAUCGCGAAAAGCGUGGUUCCUUGAGCUUGCAGGACAUUGUGACGGGCCUCGACGAGAUCAUGUUUGCGCGGGACGACGUGCUGGCGAGCAUCGAGUGGUUCUUCAAGCUGCAUUCCAACGGACGCGACUCAUUGACAAAGGACGAGGUCCUGCGAUUGAGCGAGUCGUUGCUCUUCAUGUUCCGAAACGAGAACAGCGAUGGCCAUCUCGGCGCAGUCUCGCAGCUUAUUAGUGCAUCGUUUCAGAACUCCUAGUAGAGAUUAGAAGGAUGGACCAAUCACAAGAUUCUUUAGCACCACGGAUCCAAUGACAUCUGUGCACAUCACCUUUAGACGUGUGACCCCAAGAGGAGCUUGCACUGAU